GCUGCGGGCUGCGGCGGGAUGGGCGCGCUCCGGGCCGGUGCCCUCGCCUUCCUCCUCCUCCUCCUCCUCCUCGGCUGCCUCCUGCCCCGGCGCGGCCCGCUCAGGCUGGUCUCAGGGCGAGAGGAGAUUAAAGCUGGGUCCCGAAGCUCACCCCAGCCCAUGUCACCCUCUGAUUUCCUGGACAAGCUUAUGGGACGAACCUCAGGGUACGACGCCCGCAUUCGACCCAACUUCAAAGGUCCACCUGUCAACGUGACGUGCAACAUCUUCAUCAACAGCUUUGGCUCCGUCACCGAGACCACCAUGGACUACCGGGUGAACGUGUUCCUGCGGCAGCAGUGGAAUGACCCCCGCCUGGCUUACCGGGAGUACCCCGACGACUCCCUCGACCUCGACCCCUCCAUGCUCGAUUCCAUCUGGAAGCCAGACUUGUUCUUUGCCAACGAGAAAGGGGCCAAUUUCCACGAGGUCACCACUGACAACAAGCUCCUGCGCAUCUUCAAGAAUGGCAAUGUGCUCUACAGCAUUAGGCUGACACUGAUCCUGUCCUGCCCCAUGGACCUCAAGAACUUCCCCAUGGACAUCCAGACAUGCACCAUGCAGCUGGAGAGUUUUGGCUACACUAUGAACGACCUCAUCUUCGAGUGGCUGGAGGAGCAGGAGGCCGUGCAGGUGGCAGAGGGCUUGACACUCCCACAGUUCAUCCUCAGGGAUGAGAAGGACCUGGGCUAUUGCACCAAGUACUACAACACAGGCAAGUUCACCUGCAUUGAGGUGAAGUUCCACCUGGAGAGGCAGAUGGGUUACUACCUGAUCCAGAUGUACAUCCCCAGCCUGCUCAUUGUCAUCCUCUCCUGGGUCUCCUUCUGGAUCAACAUGGAUGCGGCACCAGCCCGGGUGGGCCUGGGCAUCACCACGGUGCUCACCAUGACCACGCAGAGCGCCGGCUCCCGGGCCUCCCUGCCCAAGGUGUCCUAUGUGAAGGCCAUUGACAUCUGGAUGGCUGUGUGCCUGCUCUUCGUCUUCGCCGCCUUGCUGGAGUACGCAGCCGUCAACUUUGUCUCCCGCCAGCACAAGGAGUUCAUGCGCCUGCGCCGCCGCCAGCGACGGCAGAGGAUGGGCCUGAGCAGCGGCACGGCCAGCCUGGAGUCCCUGCGGCAGCUGAGCAGCCGGCACAGCAGCGAGCACACCUACGCGACGCUCUCGCAGCUCUCCAGCUCCCGGGAGGAAGAGCUGAGCCGCGAGAGCCGCUUCUACCUGCGAGGCUACGGGCUGGGCCCCUGCCUGCAGCCCAAGGAGGGGGCUGGGGAGGGCCCCGGUGUGUACAGCCCCCCGCCAGCCAGCGCCGUGCUGCGGGAAGGGGAGAGCCUCCGCAGGCGCUACAUCGACCGGGCCAAGCGGAUCGACACCAUCUCCCGAGCCGUCUUCCCCUUCACCUUCCUGGUCUUCAAUAUCUUCUACUGGGUCGUUUACAAAGUGCUGCGCUCAGAGGACAUCCACUCGGUGCCCUGAGGCUGGAAAAGUACGACUGCCUCUUGGUGUGAUCCCCACAGUGUGCCCAGGUGCCACAAGCUCAGCCAGAACUACAUUUCCCUCUAUCCUGGAGCGGUGGCACAGCUGGGCUGAGCCUCGGAGCCUGGACAUGUAGCAGCCCCCGUGCCCCACUGGAUUCCGUAGCACAAAGUGGGGGAUCAACAAUCACAGGUCCCCAUGGUCAGCUGGAGAGAGGGACCCCUCCUGCUUCCUGCAUGGUGUCACCCCCAGGUACCCCAGGAUGCUGUGCUGUCAGGGCACAGGGAAACAGCUACACCCCAGGAAUACUGUGCUGCUGGGGGAAGCCCAGGAGAACCCCAGGUACUUUGGCACAGCCAGUAGCCAGAAAACAUCACCUUCCAGAAAAAUACCCUCCCCCUCUCCACACCUACCACUUUAGGCUGCUGCUUCUCCAGCCUGUGUCACUGAGCUGUGGGCCCCCAGCAGCCAGGAAAGAGCAGGCAGCACUCCUGCCUGCACCUGGACUCUUUGGGGUGCUGGCUGUGGCCCCAUAGCCCCCUGCCCAGCAAUGGACAGGGCCCCUCCAGCCCCACCCAGCUCCAACAC